AAAGUUUUUGGCAUGAAACAAUUUUAUUUUUCAAUCCAAACAGAAAAAUUUUACAUUUUACCAAUAAAAAUUAAAUCUAUUUUAAUAAAAUUGCUUUAUAACUAAAUUCUUAAAAUGGCGCAAAAUUUUCUGUACAUGUUCGAAUUUGUGGUCGAUGAUCUGUUGAUAACACGGCCAAAUCAUUGCGCCCCAGAGGAGUACCCUACGUGCUGUGAAAUCUCUUUUCGUUCCAGCGUUUUCGUCUCCAUAUGUGAUCGCGAGUUCGGUCAAUGCGUAGACAUGUGCGCACCUAAAUGUGGCAAAUGCUGUCUUUUCUCGCUGGAGUCGCCAGUAACGGAAAAAGAUCGUCUGCUCAUACACAUUUACAAGAAAAAAACCGAUAAAUGCAAAUUCCUCGUCGGUGCCACAGACAUACCAAUCAAGCCACUUUUCGAUAAGGUAACAGAAAGCUUCAAUAUUGAAAAUCCAAAUUGGUUGGAGCAAUUGGUCAAACAUACAGCGCGUAUGCCUGAUCCGAAAACACCAUCUAAGACUACAGUCGUCGAUAAUGAUUGUGAUGACGAAACUUUUGGACGACGCGAACAAAUGUGUCCCACAUCGGAGCUGACCAAGCGUCUGUUGCCGCUAUUCAAUAUGAAACAUAUGCAAACCGGCAAUUUGGUGCUGAUAAUGCGACUCGUUUGCAAUGGGCCGACAAUUGUGUCCAGUUUUCCAUUCUCACGCAUUUGUUCAACAGCUUGUGGUAAAAAGGUGACCCCAUGCCCAUCUACUUGUCCGGCCAUAACAUCAAAGCCACAAGGUCCAUGCCAGAUGCCAGAUCCAUGUGCACCGGAUCCGGAAAAGCAAAAACCCAUAUGUCGUCGGUACUUUGCUUGCAAUGCCGACAAGGGUUGUCCUUGCGAAGAGUGUGAAGACUAUUGCGACAGGGAAUGUCCCGCUGGUUGCAAGAAAAAGAAAAAGCGGCCAACGCAAAAUACUUGUUGUCCACCACCGCCGCCUUGCUGCCCUCCGCCCUGUUGCCCUCCGCCGCCUCCAUGCUGCCCGCAACCGGACCCUUGUCAAAAGAAGGAACCGCGCACAGAUAUGUGUCAACGUUACUUUUCCAACGAGAAUAAGGGCUGCACCUGUGAAGAAUGCAUGGACGAAUGCGAGGCGGGAAGCAGCGAGGAAGAAUCGGAUCCCUGUCAACAAUGUGUCCCGCCACAAAUUAUGCCGCCAUGCUUUGUCGUUCCUACUAAACCUGAACCGGGCCCUGAAGCCUACGAAGAGUUCGAGGCUUGCCUAAAUGGUAGUGGCCUCGUAAUACGUGUCCUUAAGAACACCCAUCAAGUGGAGAGCAUUGAUGACGGUGCUCAGGAUAAUAUUGAAAGUGGGAGUGAUUGCGAUGGCAAGAAUAAUGCGGACAACCUUAACAACAAUCGUUGUGAAACCAUAAAUGAAAUACUACAACGCAGCAAUUUCGCGAAAAAUCACGUAAAACGACGCACGAACGGUCACAUUAUCAACGGACCGAAAUUACCAAAAAUACGUGCCAAUAUCAAAUACGCCGGCAACGACUCAUGUGAACCUGAUAAUUACUGUGUGCCCUUCAAUAAAGUCAAGUCCAUCUGCAAUGCGGAACAAAAACUUGAACUGUAUCGUCGAAAGGGAGCCUGUUGCACAGACGAUUGUGGACCGAUAGCGCCGCCGUUGCAUCCACAAGAUGUACGCAACUGUUGUCUACAAGUUGAUCCGCAAGAGAUCAAGGACACUUUGAAGGGCAUAAAUGCCGAUACCAGAAAGAAGGGCAUUGAGGUUUGUUACAAAACUUGCGAGGACACUGACAGCGACGUCUUCUUAGUGAAAUUAGGCAAUAAACAACAACAUCGCCGCAAGCGCAAUACAAUCGAAAUCGAAUUGAAGACGCCGAAGCAACCGAUUGUGUUACCCAAACAGAAAAUGACCACUGAAACACAGAUCACCGACAAGGAGCUGGAUGAAGCGCUUGCUGCACUUUGCGGUGGUAAGAAGAAGGGAAAGAAAGGGAAAAAGGGAAAGAAGAAGAAGAAGUAAACUUAAAAAUUAACUGAUAUUUCGCGCUAAAAUCAAAAUGUAUUUAAAUUGAAUUUUUUAUAUUCUGUUUAAAUCGACAAUUAUCAUAUUUACAAUUAAAACAAAAAAUCAAAAAAAA